UUCUAUGCUCAGGAUUUAUAGGGCCCUUGUCCGCUCUAAGCUGGACUACGGUUUCAUUGUUUAUGGCUCUGCGCAAGAAUCUACUCAUCAGAUGCUGGAUCCAAUCCACCAUCAAGCACUACGUUUGUUCACUGGUGCUUUUCGAACUUCUCCUGUACAAAGUUUGUAUGUGGAUGCUUAUGAGCCUCCACUAUCUCUCAGGAGAGAACAGUUGUCUCUAUUUUACUAUAUAAAACAGAAAUCUUACUCUAAACUUUAAGUUGAUUGUACAGUAUUAGAUACUCAGCUGAAAAGGUUAUUUGAAGCUCGCCCAAGCAGUGUCCCUUCAUUCGCCAUAAGAAUGGAGCAUGUGAGCAGCACGAUUGACCUGAACACAGGCAACAUUUCACAGCUAGAGGUCUGUAGUAUAUCUCCUUGGUCAACUCCUGUGAUAAAUGUUGACCUUAGCUUAAAGCAAUUUCCAAAGGAAUCCACCCCAGAUUAUGUCUACAGGCAGCACUUUGCAGAAAUUCAACACCAUGACAGGAAUUUAAUUCCUAUUUAUACAGAUGGAUCUAAAUCUGAUGAUUACAUUGGCUCAGCCUUCGUCUGCCGGGAUGAAAUUGUGGCAGAACAAAUUGCAUUGAAUUCUUCCAUAUUUUCUGCGGAGUUGCAUGCUAUAUAUUUAGCUUUAAAGUAUAUAAAUAGGAAAGGUCAUCGUAGCUGUGUUAUAUACACUGACUCAGUUAGUGCACUUCAGGCUUUGAUCUCAUGUGAACCUAGUUCUCACUCUAUAGUGAUUAAACUUUGUAAGCUCUUUUGCCAUCGUACUGCGAGUAGUUUUUAUGUAAAAUUUUGUUGGGUCCCAGGCCAUGUAGGUAUAAUAGGGAAUGAAGAAGCUGACGCAGCUGCAAAGUCAGCUACGCCUUUACAACAUACAAUGCAUAUUGAAGGAGGCGAUUUGAAGCUAGUAGUUAAAAAACGACUAGCAGAGAGAUGGCAAAACGUGUGGAAUGCACAAAUCCACAAUAAACUACAUGAGAUCAAGCCAAAUAUAGAAAAUUGGACACGUAAUAAACAGUAUGACAGGAGAUCUGAAGUAAUUCUUACUCGUUUGAGAAUUGGGCAUACUCGGUUGACUCUCAAUACCUUUUGAAGGGUGAAGACCAGCCAGUAUGUGAGUAUUGCAACUGCUUUCUAAGUGUAAAACGCAUGCUUUGCAACUGCACAGCUUUUGAUCAAAGUCAUAGACAGCAUUUCGGAAAUGCAAGUUUGAGAGAGAUUUUGGGCCAGAGGCCAAAUCUUGACAAAUUAUUGAACUUUUUGAAAGUGAAUAACAUUUAUAAACAUAUUUAAUUAUUUAUCUAGGUAAUGUUUAUAUAUACCUUGUUGAUUAUUUAUUUA